CUUAGCGAAAUUACCGGCAUUCGCUUGAUAUCUGGCUUGGGAGAGAAUGUUGACUGAGUUGGUUAUUACUAUUAAAUUCAGAAGCUUAAACAUUUAACUCUGGGUUAUCAUUACUUGCGUCAUUUUAAGGUGAUUCAUAUUAAAGAACAGAGUAAUUACGGUAUUAAACUAAGUUAAAGUAAAGCAGCGAAGUAAUAAUUUCCCUCACUGUUCUUUGACAAGCCAGAAAAAUUUACUCUAGAGUAGAGACAACACUUGAUCGCGUAGAUAUAAAUUUCAGCUUUUUGGUUUUAUUAUAUAAACAACUUCUGUACUCUUCCUAAUUGUUUUGAAUUAACCUAAAGGUUGGGUACUUAAUAAGCCGGUCAUUCUGAAUAAAGUUAGAAGUCAGAGGUAAAUCGUGAACAAAGAAGUUUUUCGUGACACUGACAAUUCUGAAACUCGUUAGGCCUAGUCCGUGCCUCUUUGUCUCCGCUUCAACGACCAAUUUUGACAAGCUUUGAAAGAAAAUCUUUUUACAAUGGGGCAGAUUGGAGAUAAAACAACCCAGGCCUUGUUUGCCGAAACUUUCCUCCAGAACAACAGGCUUGAUCAUGUGACUCAGUUGAUGGGUUACCAUCCCCAGUAUCUGGACCCAUUUCUUCGUACACAGAACUAUAUUCUAAAGGGUGAUGGGCCGUUACCAUUUGACUACAGGCAUUACAUCGCCAUCAUGGCCUCAGCAAGGCAUCGUUGUACAUAUUUAGUAAAACUACAAAUUCAAGAGUUCCUGAGGCAGGAAGGAAACAAAGAAUGGCUGAACGGUUUGCAUCAAGUCCCUCAGAAACUACGUGAUCUCGACGAGCUUAAUAAGAUACUUGCCCACCAACCCUGGCUUUUCAACAAGUCUCACAUAGAGAAGCUGACCAAAGGGAAGGACAAUUGGUCAUUAUCUGAGGUCAUCCAUGCCAUUAUUCUUCUCGCCCACUUUCACUGUCUCUCAACCUUUGUCUUUGGAUGUGGUAUCAACCCCGAAAUUGACUUAAAUGAGGGGCACACUUUUCAACAUGUUACAGUUCCUUGUAAUACCCAAGCCAUUAAUGACUGUGAUAGUACUCAGGUAGAUGAUGUAGGAGUGGAGUUAUUGAUGCUCAAGAUGAAGACAAUCUCUGAGCAGCACGAAGAAUCAACACAGGAGGAGAGGUUGAUGUGUUUUCAGAAAGAGCAAAAUCAAAGCGCUGAACUUAUCAGUGGUUUUGACAACAUGUCUUUACCCAAAUCAGAUGUCCAAAGAUACACCAGUGAUCCAGACUUUAGCUACCAGGACUUUGCACGACAUAGAGAAGCAUCUGAAAUAACCACCUUCCGAAUCCAGGAUUAUUCCUGGGAAGAUCAUGGUUUCUCUCUACUUAACCGUCUCUACAACGAUGCUGGUACAUUCUUGGAUGAGAAGUUCAAGAUUGCUUAUGACAUGACAUACCACAGAAUGGGAUCCAAGAAUAAUGUGGACACAUCCACUUUCCGCCGUGCUAUAUGGAACUACAUUCAAUGUUUAUAUGGUAUUCGUCAUGAUGAUUAUAAUUACAAAGAAGUUAACGAGCUUCUAGAGAAGAACCUGAAGACUAACAUAAAAACCCUGUGCUGUUAUCCUGAACGAACAACAAAAAGUGAUUAUGACAACGUGAUGAGAGAAUUCAGGCAUUCAGAAAAGGUUCAUGUUAAUAUCAUGAUGCUAGAAGCUCGGAUGCAGGCCGAACUACUAUAUGCACUACGUGCCAUCAUGCGUUACAUGACAUGAUAGAUGAGGUGCGAGCUGCAUAGUAGGUGCCAUCAGAAAAUGAACACAUUUCUUGAUGCUCACUCAAUCGACACGUUAAGCCCAUUAAACUAUAACUACAACUUUAACCUACCAUUGUUGUAGGCUAACUAAUCUAAGCAGUUACUUUGCUAAAGUUGUGUUUAUUAGAUAAGGUCACCUAAAUCUCUAAAUAGGCCUACUACCAGAUGCAUAUCUUAACAUAGGGUAGUUAAUUAACAGGUUAAAAACGAGUGAUGGGUACUGUGUUCUGUACACUUUUCCUCAUGGUAAGCCAAAAUAAUUUUUGUAAGAUGCGAAGUGCAAGUUCAAACGAAAAUGUCCUUGUUGUUUUAAAAUUAUAUAUAUAAAAGAAAUACAAACCUUCGUGUGUGUGUGUGUUAGAAGUUAAUCGGUCAUGAAGCAGGGAUUGAGUUCGUUAGACUUUCUAAACAAGAGGACACUACUAGUCCUAGUCGGCCAGUUUUUUUUUUUUUUGUUUGUUUCACACUGUGGUUAUAAUUAAAACAAAGGUGAUAUUUUAUAACUUUUUAACUAGUAUUGAUUAUGGUUUGCCAAAAAGUCCCUUUGAGAAACUUUAAAACACAUCUAAUAAAAGGGGAAAGUUUAAGUAAUCCAUUUUUAUUUUCAAUUUAAAUAUUUUAUCAUUAAGUAAUGUAGAAUCUGAAUAAAACAAGUUUUGGUAACAAUUAAUGUUGUGUAUCCAUAACUAGUGAGUUCAAGCGCGUAAGGGGUAAGAUGAGCUGUAUUUUGAGUACAUGGUAGUUUGUGAAAACGUUUUUUUUUGCAUUUUUUUUAGCAAUAAAUCUCUGAGCAUUAGGGUAGUUUGUGUGCUGAAUUAGUUACAAAUGGUCUGUGUGUUUUUAUUUUAAACUUAUUAAACUACAAAGGAAUGAAAAAACUUGAGUGCUAUAAAUAGUUUUUAAACUCCUUUUCAUUAUUUUUUUUUUCUAAGUACCAAUGAUCAAAUAUUCGUUUAAAGAUUUUUGUAAUAUUCGUCCCGUUGUAUUGUAGGGUUUAAUAACUUUCAUUGUUCGUUUCUUUUAGCGAAUAUAUGUUUGUGUAAAAUCGAAAAUAAAGGUUUUUGAAAACAUUU